CUCUCUCUCUCUCUCUCUCGACUUCGUGUGCGAAACGGCGAUGGACUUCGUGUGCGAAACGGCGAUGUUUGUGUUCGUUGAAGUGUGGUCGUUGUCGUCUGCCGUAUAGAUUUAGUGUCUAUUUGUAUGGUAUUUUGAUUCGAGUCGGGUUUAUAUUGCACACUCUGAUUUUUAAACUUGGUUUCUUGUGUGGUUGUUUGAUUCAAGUUGGGGUUUUGUAUUUGAUUAGAUUUAGUGUGUCUUUGUAUGGUAGUCUAAUUAAAGUUGGUUUUGUAUUGUUCACUCUUGAGUAACUUCGUUUCUUGUCUGGUUGUUUGAUUCAAGUUGGGGUUUUGUAUUGUGCAAUCUUGGUUUGCAGAAAAGGAGAAUCUUUGUUCGUAUGGGUUACCGAAUGAAGAAUGAGAAGUGAAUUUACCAGCUGAAGAAGUGCCUCCUGAGCUUCCACAGCCAGCUCUUGGUAUUAACUUUGCAAGAGAUGGGCUCUCUGAAAAAGAAUGGCUUUUUCUUAUUGCCAUUCACAGUGACGCUUGGUUACUUUCUGUUUCCUUUUACUUCGGCUCGAGGUUUUCUUUCCACAAGGAAGAUAGGAAGCGCUUGUUCAACAUGAUCAAUGAUGUUCCUACUAUAUUUGAGGUAGUGACUGGAAUGGCUAAAAGCCAAUCAAAGGACAAGUCAUCUGCUGCAAACCAAAACGGCAGCAAAUCCAAUUAGAUGGUUACAUGGCUAGGAGGAUGAAGAUUAAUUCUGUUGUUGGCUCGUACCUUGAUCCUCUUGCAGACAAGGUUCUUAUUGGGUGUGUCGCAGUAGCAAUGGUGCAGAAGAUUACAUGUAUUUAUAUCAAGAGGAUUACAUUUAAUGGAGUCCUAGAUUGCAAUACUGCCUUUUAAACUUUAAUACUAAAGCCAUUUUUGGUGGAUGCAUGUGACAUUUGUGCUCUGAAGCUGGACUGGUUGGUAUUGUGGUGUUACGGGAUGUUGCACUCGUCGGUGGUGCAGUUUACCUAAGGGCACUAAAUUUGGACUGGAAGUUGCUACUGUACAUCUUCUGUAGCUCUGAUCAUGGCCGACGAAAUCAGAUACUUUGAGCUUAACACUGGAGCGAAGAUACCAUCAGUCGGUCUCGGAACGUGGCAGGCGGAUCCUGGUCUCGUCGGAAACACUGUCGAAGCCGCUGUUAAGAUCGGGUAUCGCCACAUUGAUUGUGCUCAAAUCUAUGGCAACGAGAAGGAGAUUGGGUUAGUCCUGAAGAAAUUGUUUGAUGAUGGAGUUGUUAAGCGUGAGGAUAUGUUCAUCACAUCCAAACUCUGGUGUACAGAUCAUGAUCCUCAAGAUGUACCUGAGGCACUAAAAAGUACUCUACAGGAUCUCCAGCUUGACUACGUCGAUCUGUAUCUCAUUCAUUGGCCUGUUACCCUCAAGAAAGGUUCUAGUGGCUUUAAACCAGAGAACAUUUUACCAACUGAUAUUCCUAGCACAUGGAAAGCAAUGGAAUCACUCUUUGAUGCGGGCAAGGCCCGAGCUAUUGGUGUCAGCAAUUUCUCCUCAAAGAAACUUGCGGAUCUCUUGGAGGUGGCUCGCGUCCCUCCUGCUGUUAACCAGGUGGAGUGUCACCCUUCAUGGCAACAAAACGUGCUCAGGGAUUUCUGCAAAUCUAAAGGCGUUCACCUCUCAGGUUACUCUCCUUUGGGUUCUCCAGGAACAACGUGGUUCCAGAGCGAUGUUCUGAAGAACCCUAUUCUUGGCAGUGUUGCUGAGAAGCUGGGAAAGACUCCUGCACAAGUUGCACUUCGCUGGGGUCUCCAAAGCGGUCAAAGUGUUCUUCCCAAAAGCACCCAUGAAGACAGGAUUAAACAGAACUUCGAUGUUUUCGAUUGGUCUAUACCCGAUGACAUGUUAACCAAGUUUUCUGAGAUUGAACAGGGUAGGUUGGUGAGAGGCAUGUCAUUUGUUCAUGAGACGAGUCCUUAUAAGAGUCUUGAAGAACUCUGGGACGGUGAAAUAUAAGUCUCGAGCUGGUUUGCUCAUUGGAAUCAUUUACCGAUUUGUCAUAGAUCAAUAUUUAGUAAUGCUACUAGUUUCCGAUAAUCGGUUCUGCCACGUUUUCAAUGUUUUAUACUCAGAAGAUGCAUUGCUACUCCAAUUAUAUUCGAUACGGAAACCAUAUUACGAAGUUUGGAUGUAAUCAUUUUAAUAAGUUGUCUACAAUUAUAGAUGGUAAA